AUGCCUCGAUCGAGGAAAAAGAAAACCCAGUCGUCGGCAUCCUCCUCCACCCCUUCGGAGAAUGGUGCGAACCGCAAACGUCAAGGAUGCACGGUCCAGGUCCUGUACUGUAUCCUUGCUUUGAAUGUCUGGAUCUCCGCCAAGACGGGUGAUUUCAGUCAAUUUAAGAGGAAGUUGGGGACCAUUCGAUGGAAACAAGAGCCUGCACCUCAACAAGUGGUAACCAACUUUGACAAGCCUUCGGAUUUGCUUGGGUCCAAUGCAACCGUCCAGCUGCCACCGCCAAUCGUAGGAGUCCAUCGUCCUGAUCGGGAUGCUGUCUUUGCCGUGGCACUGGGGUAUACCGUGCAGCACUUGGCACGGUUUGUGGGGUCCUUGGUGGAAACGGGAUACACCGGUGACAUUGUCUUGGGAGUUCUGCCAGAGGAACACUUGGAUCCGACUGUCCGAGAUUUCUUGUCCUGUCACAGUGGUGUCAACAACAACAAUGAGGGGGCCCAUGUGAUUGCCUAUGGCAUGGAUAUUGUCUGCCGAAAGUUCGGACGACGCACCCGGUGUCAGGCACCUCGUCUAUACGCUGACUCGACUACGGGAGACUAUAUUCCCGAUGAUCGAUUACCCCGCGAGAUUGCCCAACUUCGCUUUGAAUAUUACUGGGCGUGGUUAUUGCAAUAUAGUAGUAAGAGUCGCAUCUUUGUGGCCGAUGGAAGAGAUGUUUACUUUCAACGCAAUCCCUUUGAACUGAUACCAUCCGACAUGGACACUACCCUGUAUGUUUUUGAGGAAUACUCGCAUCCACCCCUGCGUCAUCAAAACUCCAAUCGCCUCUGGAUUCGGGCUACUCGGGGCAUGGAUGUUCUCAACCAGAUUGGUGACAAGACAGUGCUGUGUUCAGGCACUACCGUGGGAGGGUACUCGGCCAUGGAAUCCUAUUUCCGAGCCAUGGUCCAAUCCUUUGAUGAGACGCAAUGCCUCAUUCUAGGGUGUGACCAAGGUCAUAUGAAUUAUCUGGUUCACACUGGCCGGCUGCUGCAGAACUCCACGCAAAUCCAGCACAUUGAAUACGGCAAACAGGGAUCGUCACUGGUCAAUACACUGGGACUCUAUGCCAAUGAACACAAGCCACUCCGGGCGUAUGGAGUGCUGGAUAAUACUACAAAUCAAGUUCUAAACUUUGAUGGCAGUGUUUCCCCUGUGGUGCACCAAUUCGAUCGUGAGGAGGAGCUGAAAGUCAUCAUGGAACAAAGGGCCGAAGAGCUAUUCCAAAAAUGGAAUGAAUCCUUCCAUUCUUCCGCCUAG